AUGGAGCACGCGCGGCCACCUAGCGAAUUACAGUUAGAAGGCGGACCCGUCAGCAGGGCUGAUGCUUGGAAGAGGUGGAGACAACAAUUCGUGUUAUUUAUGAAAGCUUCGGGUGUGCACUCGGAGACAUCGGCAGUAAAGGCAAGUUUACUUAUCAAUUUAAUUGGUUCAGAAGGAUUCGACAUUUAUCAAACUUUUACGUUCACUAAAGACGAGAGAGAUGAUCGUGAUGAUGUGCAAAUAAUUUUGAGUAAAUUUGAUGAAUAUUUUGGAACUAAAAUUAAUAUUACAUUGCUGAGAUACAAGUUUUUCACGCGUAAUCAAGAAGAAGGUGAAAACAUACAGCAGUAUGUUACGUCAUUGCGGUUAUUGAGUAAAAAUUGUAAGUUUGCAACUUUAGAAGAAGAGCUGAUCAAGGAUCGAAUUGUUUGUGGUGUGAACAGCACAAUAGUCAGGGACCGUUUGCUCAGAUGUGAGGACCUAGACCUGGACAAAGCGGUGAAGUUGUGCCAGGCCGAAGAAAUUUCGCAAGAGAGUAGCCGUCAACUAAGUGCUAGUGGUGCUGGUGUGUAUGCUAGUGUAGUGCAGGUAGAUAGUGUCAAACAAGGGAGAGGACGACGCGACGCGCAGCACACAGGCGCCGGGCGCGCCUCGCGGGGCACCGCGCUGCGCUGCCCGCGCUGUGGAGUCGAGCGCUGUGCAACGCCUCGAUGUCCGGCCGUUUACGCCACAUGUUUCACUUGUGGUAAACAAGGUCAUUUUGCGCGGGUAUGUAGGCAAAAUUUAAAUAAUAAGGCCGGUGUAAAACAUGUAUAUGACAUUGAACAAAAUCAAGAUGUCACGCGUUCUUUUGAUUGUGAAUCGUUUUUUAUAUCAACCAUUAGUGGUCAAGAGGAUUGUUCAGAUGGUUGGUUUGAAACAUUAACCUUUGAGAAGGGUAUCGAAAACCUUAAAUUAGACACGGGGACGGAUAUAAAUGUUAUAUCUUUUGAAAGAUUUUUGCAACUGGGUUUUGAUUCCAAUAUGAUAAAAAAUGAUCGCAUUAAAUGA